AGGUUGGCGGGAGAGCUCUGUUUCGAAGAAUGUUUGUGCGCUCUGCCUCUCUUUCUGAAAUUCGAAUCCGGCUGCCUUCGAACGGCAGAGAUAGUUGACAUGUAUAUGAAAUCAGGGUCUACAUUUUGAAUGUGAAUCACUUCAAGCCGGAAGGAAUCAGCUAAAUUCGCGAGAAAGAUUUCGGCACAGUUGCCUCCUCAGCUGCAAAACUUGUCUUCACAAGCCUGGGUACCUAGUUUGAACUUGGUAAAUAUAAUGAACGAAAAAUUCUUGUGUACAGACUUCGUGUGUUUAGAUCCAAAAUCGAUAUCCGAAGCUUUCGGCUUAGUCUUGGGCUUUUUCAAUUGAAGUUUCUCCUAGUAUCUGGAUUACAUCGAAGAGUCAAAUGUGAGACAUCGACGUCGGAAAGCAUGCCUCCAAAAUUGAGCACUAACGAGGGAAUUGUACUCGAUUUCAUCAACGAGCAAAAUCGACCUUUAAACGCUCAAAACGUGGCAGAUGCUCUUCAAAAGCAUGGCAUCAAGAAAGUAUCUGUUGAAAAGAUUCUCAGCACCCUUGGUGACAAAGGACAAAUAUCAUUUAAGGAGUACGGGAAGCAAAAGAUUUACCUGGCCAGGCAGGAUCAGUUUGAAGUUCCAAACGCGGAGGAACUUGAUCGCAUGAGGAAAGAAAAUGAACAGCUGCAGCGAGAAAUAAACUCCUCAAAAACCUUGAUCAGCGAGCUCGAAGCAGAACUUCGUUCUGUACAAAGCAAUCUCACAGACAAACAGAUCAAGCUGGAAAUGGAGAAACUUAACAAUGAGGUGCAAGAUACUUAUGAGAACCCUCUUUUCACACAAGAUUCCCAGUCUAGAGGCCAAGCUAAGUACGUUGAAAAGUGGGGCAACCUUGAUCACAUCCGAAGAGAAAGAGAAGAUUGAAAGCGCAUAUACUCUUAAGACCGGUCUAUGGCGAAAAAGAAAACGAAUGUUUAAGGAUUUGUGGGAUAUGAUUACCGAAGCAGUUCCGAAAAAUCUUACAGAACUCAAGGAGGAGUUGGGCAUCGAGUUGGAUGAAGAUGUUGGACAGAAGAUAGAAGACUAUUGCAACUUGACUGUAGCAGUGAAAAAACCAAUGGCAAAGAGACCUAAGCGUUGAUAAGGUAUUCGGAGCUAUAGCAGAUUGGGCUACUAGCUGCAUGGAGUCCCUGGUAUAUUAUUUAACACACAUCGAAGUUCCUCCCCAGUUUCUAAAGUUAAUCGAAGUCAUCCUUACCUGUUCAAAGCCAAAGCCAGGAACCAAUGGUCAAGACGUACGACUGGUCAAUCGAAGUUGUCCCUCUACCCUAAACAUUGUAUUAUAUCCAUGUUUGAAGAAAGCUGUUACCUCUCUUCUCUUUCGAAACUGGUUCUCUAAUGUCCGACCGCACAUAGGUCUUCGUGAUAAUUUCUUGAUGAAAUCUGGACUUCGUUGUAUUUUGAGACGUACAAGAACUGAUUUGG